AUGGCAGAUUUAACCAGUUUAAUGAAUCCUACUUCGGAUGAUGAAUAUUUACCUGAAGACCAGAAGAUAGACGAGUUGGAGCAAGAAAUCGAACAAGAGUUAAAAGAAGACACAGAAUUAGAUGAUGAUUUAACUAAGAACUUUGAUAAAAUAAAGACUCAUUUCCCUGCUGCUAGAAUUAAAAAGAUCAUGCAAAGUGAUGAAGAUAUCGGUAAAGUGGCUCAAGCUACACCCAUAAUAGUGGGAAGAGCCUUAGAAUGUUUCAUGAUCAAUUUGUUAGGCAUGUCAAUUAAAGAGGCUAAGAAGAAUGGAGUAAAGAGAAUUAAUGCUACUCAUAUCAAGUCAGCAGUGGAGAACACAGAGAAUUUCGAUUUCUUGAUUGAUGCUGUAGAUAAAUAUCAGAAGUAA